UAAGUAGUUCAUAUGCGCCAUCUGUUUAACUUCCGCAAGUCAGUCGGCGGUUUGCGCUUCCGGUUUGGGGCGGCCAGCGAGAAGGGAGGCGGAGUAGGCGGUUUGGUGCGGUAGCCGCUGGGCAAUUCUUCUAUUACUCAGGAAAUAUGAUACGCUUUAUUCUGAUUCAAAACCGGGCCGGCAAGACGAGGUUAGCCAAGUGGUACAUGAACUUUGAUGACGAUGAGAAACAGAAGCUAAUCGAAGAGGUUCAUGCCGUCGUGACGGUCAGAGAUGCCAAGCACACGAAUUUUGUCGAGUUCCGCAACUUCAAGAUAGUGUACCGGCGCUACGCUGGCCUCUACUUCUGCAUCUGUGUGGACGUGCACGACAACAACCUGGCCUACCUCGAGGCCAUCCACAAUUUUGUGGAAGUGCUUAACGAGUACUUCCACAACGUUUGUGAGCUGGACCUCGUCUUCAACUUCUACAAGGUGUACAGUGUCGUGGACGAGAUGUUCCUUGCCGGUGAGAUCCGAGAGACGAGCCAGACGAAAGUCCUAAAGCAGCUGCUGGUCUACAACUCGCUGGAGUGAAGCGGCAGAAUCGUCAAGGGCUCUAUGGCAAAACAACAAAAAAAAAAAUACUUGCUUCUCCUCCCACCUCACCACGCACUGACAUGCAUGCAGAAGGGACAGACAGGUUCAACUGAGAGGGAGCGGGCUGGCGACGUGCAUGUGAUGAACAACCACAUUCCCCUCAACUGGUUCCAUGCGCAUUCUUUUGCAGGAGUGACUCUUUGACAUGCUAAGUCUUCUGCUUCUUAAGUACACUUCAUUGUUCUGCAGUUGCCUGCCCGCUGCGCGCGUCUCUGUUUUACUCAAUAGCACCGCAGAGUUAAUGUGCCAAUGGCACCAGCAAUACUCCUCCUGGGUCUAGGUACCCGUCCUCCUCGCACCCCGAUGCUCUGAAGUGCGAUGCAUGCUUUCUUCUUCUCUGGUUUUGUUUCAGAAGGUAGAUUCUUGGUCUGGAUUGUCGGAAACGUGGAACUGCUUUUACCGUUUGUAAAGAGAGUGAUGGGAACCGUCUGCGACCGAUAUCACAAGUGCAGCUAUUUUGCUGCGAGCAUUCUUGGGCGUCCUUGAAAUUGCUAAUCCACGUGUUUCAAAAAUUGAGCUGGUUUCCAAGGUGGACACGAUGGUUAAGGCGUACAGUUGACGCUGACGCUUGUUUGCUAGACGCAUUUUGUUCGGCCAGCACAAGCAUCACAACUACAACCAGCUGCCUCGCUUUUUCUUAUUUAUUUUUUGCAAGCUGGGUUUUCUUUCUGAGUGGCAAGGUCCGGGUAGUUCAGGACACUAAGGCACUUGUUGCAUAGCAGCCUAUCUGAAACUUAAAGAGCAUUUGUCAAUGACCACUUUCUUGCACACGUUGGAAACAUGGCAUCUACAACACAGUGAUUGCUGCAAGAGAAAGUAAUUUAAAAGAAAAGUGCUAUUUUGCAAAAAUUUCUUUUCCUAAACCCGUUUACCUUGUAUCUUGAGUUGAACGAAAUAAGGCAGUUGUACAGAGAGCAUUGCCUCUUUAACGCACUAACCCGUUGCACGAAUUAUACUGUUAUUGACAGUUUAUUAGCUUUCUCCUCGUUGCUUGUAAUAGCUUAAGCUGCACAAGAGUAAAGAUGUAUCAUUCUGUGCAGCCGUGCAUACAUCGACCCCAAGGUGUUGUGAAUGUGACCACCUGGUUAUGGCGUGCAUCACCGAGCAACUUGUAUGGCUUAUGUGUGCACUGUGAUGGUUUGUGGAGGGACAGGGGUUUGUGGGAGGAUGUACCAGUGGUGUGUAGUAUUAUGUAAAGUCAUAACCUGUAUAACAAACACUUGUACAUAAAAUGCCUAUCCUUACCGA